AUGGAUCUUGCCCGCAAAGCGCAAUUCUUCACUCUCGAUGUCAUCACCAAAAUCGCGUUUGGCGAAGCAUUCGGUGACCUAGAGCAUGACGAGGAUAUGUACAACUACAUUCAAAGCACUGAGGAGAUGCUUGAUGUCAUCAUCUUCCUGGGAACAAUUCCAGCUUUCAAUUGGCUCAUCUCGUUCGACUGGGUCGCCAAGAUGGCAUUCCCGUCGGGAGAGGAAGCUACAGGCGUGGGGAGAUUGAUCGCCAUCUCACAACAGCUUAUCGGGAAGCGCUUCGGACCCAAGGCGGCCUUACGCCAGGAUAUGAUCGAGUCGUUUAUCCGUCACGGCGUGAAGGAGGACGAGCUCGUCUCGGAGUCUCUCCUACAAGUCCUUGCAGGGAGUGACACCUCAGCUACAGUAAUACGCGCUACGAUGCUGUAUUUGAUAAGCCAUCCGUCCACGUACCGCAAGGUUCAAGAGGAGAUCGACGCCGCAGUCAGGUCUGGACGAGCAUCAAGUCCAGUUAUUAGAGCGUCAGAGGUACAAGAGCUUCCAUACUUACAUGCCGUGAUAAGAGAAGGUAUGAGGAUUCAUCCGUCGGUAAUAGGAACGAUACCCAAGGUGGUGCCGCCGGAAGGCGACACGGUGGAGAUUGAUGGUAAGCGUGUGUUCCUGCCCGGCGGCACGAAUGUGGCCUAUAACGCUUGGGGAGUGCAUCACCGGAAGGACGUCUUUGGGGAAGAUGCCGACGCCUUCCGUCCAGAGCGGUGGCUCGAGGCUAAGGGAGAGAAACUGGGCUACAUGGAGAAGACGGCGGACCUAGCGUUUGGUUGGGGCAAGUACCAGUGCUUGGGGAAGAACAUCGCUUGGAUGGAGAUAAACAAAGUAUUCUUUGAGCUCCUUCGCAGCUUUGACUUCGCAAUCGUGGAUCCAACAAAGCCUUGGAAAAGUGAGUGUUCAGGCCUAUGGAAACAGUCGGAGGAGUGGGUGGAGAUCACCGAUCGUCUGGCAUUGUGA